CAGAGUGGACCAUAUGACCAGAGCGAGGGAAGAGAGGGAGUAAGAGUUAGACACCGAUGACAGCUGCACAUUUGAUGAUUGGACAGAGAACCCAACAGAGAUAAAUAGUAGAGAAACAAAGUCAAGCUUUAUCCAGAGAAUUUUCUGAUUGGACACUAAAAACAUCGUGCUGGAGGAUGCUGGAGGAUGACCGAACGGCUGUAUCUUCUCAAUUACGCAGGAGGAGGAAGAGUGACACCCUUCAUAAUGAACUGUGCAGUGAUUCUUUUAUUGAUAUCAAGGUGCUUCACCUGGUCUUCAGCUUUAUAUACACCGGAGAGAGCAGCUUCCAAGAAACUAAAGUAUCUUCUUGAGCCACCUGUGUCUGCAGACGUCACUGGUCAAAGAGGAGAUAAUGUCACCUUACCAUGUAUCCUCAGAACCAAACCCAGCCAUUACAAGGUUAAAUGGACAAAAAUUGAACCAGAGAAGGUUGGACCAGAAAAUAUUAUCAUGAUAUCCAAUGCACAUGCAUUCAAGCCAUACGGCCAUCUUGGACAGCGAGCUUCUCUGCGUAAGGCUCAUGCCAUGGACGCCUCCCUGCACCUCAGCCGUCUUGAGCUGGAAGAUGAAGGCACGUAUCGCUGUGAGCUGGUCAAUGGCAUUGAGGAUGAGAGCGUCACCAUUACUUUGAGGAUUGAAGGUGUGGUCUUCCCGUAUCAGAGUAAAGAUGGCCGUUACAGAUUCAAUUACCAAGAAGCAAAAGAGGCUUGUGCUGCGCAAGAUGGCACAUUAGCCACAUACAACCAGCUUUACAGAGCUUGGACUGAGGGUUUGGAUUGGUGCAACGCAGGUUGGCUCCAUGAUGGCACUGUUCAUUAUCCGAUUAUUCACCCACGACCAGUUUGUGGAGGCGAGUUGCCUUCAGGCAUCCGCAGUUAUGGCCCAAAAGAUAAAAACAAUGAUCGGUUUGAUGCUUUUUGCUUCACUUCGCAGACAUCUGGUAAGAUAGGAAACAAACUUUUCUACUCUUCCAUUUUUUUGUGUGGUUAAAUAUUUUUCAAAUCUCAAACUGUUUGAAAUAUAGAAUCACUGAUCCAAAUGCUAUUAUUUAUUUAUGUUGUAAUACACUUGUUUAAAAUCACAGCAUACUGCGUUUCAUUUACAAUCCUUCACAUAAAUUUCUUUUUGGGACACUGUAUCUUCAGAAAGAACCAAUGAGCAGAAGCCGAGAGAGUCACAUAACAAGGCGUGGAAGUAUUGAGAGGCUAGUGUGUGUUUGGUCUUCACAUGGGAGUUCUUCAAAAUAGAAAAGGAAUCAAAUAAUACUAAGUCUUUAAGAAAUAAUUUAACACCAGAUAAAGUACAGAAUGUCACACAACAGACUGUUUAUAAAAGAUGGACAUAGACAUUGUGACCAUACCCAGUGGUUUUAUAUCCUCAUUAGCCUUUUGACUCCUGGAAUGUUGGUUUUGUGAAACCUAAAACAGCCUAUUUUAUUUGUGAAGGUGGAGUGUGAAGUUAAUUUAACUCACCAAAACUAAAAAACAAGCUUCAUGUACCACACAGCAACAAGUUUUAUUUUGUGUAAUUCAAUAAAAAUGACCCAAGUUGUCUAUAUCAGCACUUAACAAAACAAGUAAAUUACUGAAAUAGAAAAAAAACUGUCACUCAUCUUACAGCUGUUACCAGUUGAGAAACAGCCUUGUGUGACUUUUCCAAGAAAUGCAGGUUUUAGCGCUUUUAAGCUGGCUUCCUCAUCCUGCCUUAGGCACUCCUGUAGGCUGUAUGCACUCUUGGUUACACUCGUAAUUAUGAGAAAACAAUUCUGAACUUCUAUGAGUCAAAGUGACAAAAUAAACUGACUCAACCCACAGUACUUUUGAUGAAUCCUUAGAAAAUAUAAUAUUUUUUGUAUACAGUUAUACAGUGUUUAACAAAUGUAUUAAACUGCCAGAAAAAAAGUCAU